AAGAAAAAAAAAAAAAAAAAAAAAAAACCAAAAGAAAAAACCUAUGGGCUCGGCGGUUAGUAGAGACCACUCUGCUCGCCAUCCACAUCGACGGAAGCUACUCCUUUCUUUGAAACCACAGCCGACACAACAUCACCACCACAAAAGGAGCAAAAGCCCAUUUUCAGCGAGUUCUCAGAUAUCUCAAGAUCCCACCUACUACGAACCACCACCACCAUCAACACAAGGAUUGACAAAGGAGGAUACCAACGAUUCCCUCCUCUCCUCGAACGUUUCAGCAAAUGAAUUGGUUCGACCUGUGCGGCCACCAGCCUCCGUCACCUUAGUGAAGCACCAAGUGGUGCUAUCCGAUCAUGUACCACCUUUAUCCUCACUCUCCGCGGUUUCCGUUCCUAAACGGAAAAGCCUGUUAUGGAGAAAGAGCUUGAAUUUGAGUGCCUCCUCUUCUUGUUCUCCACACCCUGAUGCUCACAGUAUGCUGAGCUCUUCUUCUUAUUACGAAGACGGCGACGAUGAUGUCGUAUCGUCGCCACGGACAUCGCUGGGUUCCGAUGAUAAAAGCAAUAAAAAGUACUUGUCCGUCGUGGAUGAUUUCGCCACCGCCGCCGCUGCAGAGAAUAAAAAGAAGGAGAGGAAAAAGGCAUCGUCCUUUACGUUCUCAGUCAAUAAGGCAGGCAAUAUCGAUAUCGUCUUUGAAUCCAACUUUAAUGGCUCGAACCGAUUUCAUUCUACCCACGCUACUGCGCCCACCCCUCACAUGGAAGACGAAACACCCACGUUAUCGACAAAAAACCCACUCAAACCCUUUUGGUCACAUAAUACAAGCGAUGAUAAAGAAUACGACAGGUAAAAAACGGCCUAUCACUGCCACCUCAAAAAAAAAAAAAAAAAAAAAAA